UAUAGAAUUACAAGAAAACACAUACAAAUAAUACAACAACAUUGACAGUAAACAUUAACAGAGAGGCCGGUCUUCUCCCUUAUUUGUUUUGUCUGAUUAAUUCAGUUUCAGACACACACAGAAACCAAAAAAAGAAAUAAAGAGGAAUCCCAAUCAAAAUCUUUUAUGGAGCAACUUGUUAACUUUAUUAUACGCCCUCCCAGAGCAGAGUACAAUCCAAAACAUGACUUGUUGGAUCAAGAGUUUACCCUGAGAGGAAAAUUGUAUCAAAGAAAGGAUUUGGAGCUUAAAAAUAGCCGAGGGGAUGUUCUUCAAUGUAGCCAUUAUGUACCCAUUGUUAGUCCUGAAGGAAAGCCUUUGCCUUGUGUGAUAUACUGUCAUGGAAACAGUGGAUGCAGGGCUGAUGGUAGUGAAGCUGCUAUUAUAUUGCUACCUUCAAAUAUCACAGUUUUCACUCUUGAUUUAUCAGGAUCUGGACUUUCUGGAGGAGAGCAUGUUACUCUAGGAUGGAAUGAAAAAGAUGACCUUAAUGCUGUGGUUGAUUAUUUGCGGCAAGAUGGAAAUGUCUCUUUGAUUGGCUUAUGGGGCCGCUCUAUGGGUGCUGUCACCAGCCUUUUGUACGGAGCUGAGGAUCCUUCAAUUGCUGGAAUGGUUCUUGACAGUCCCUUUUCUGAUUUGGUUGACUUGAUGAUGGAACUUGUGGAUACUUACAAAUUCCGUUUUCCUAAAUUUACUGUGAAGUUUGCUAUCCAGUAUAUGCGAAGGACAAUCCAGAAAAAAGCGAAGUUUGACAUAAUGGAUCUUAACACUAUUAAGGUGGCAAAGUCUUGCUUUGUUCCAGCUUUAUUUGGGCAUGCCAUUGAUGAUGAUUUUAUUCACCCUCAUCACUCAGAUCGUAUAUUUGAAGCUUAUAUGGGAGACAAGAAUAUUAUCAAGUUCGAGGGAGAUCACAACUCUCCACGACCGCAGUUUUACUUUGAUUCGAUAAAUAUUUUUUUCCACAAUGUUCUGCAUCCUCCAGAGGAUGAGGUGGGGCUUACAUAUAUAGACACAACACAUAAUUACUUAGAUAAGCUUCAGAAUAGUUGGAGCAGUGUAGAUAGUAUGAUGGAUUUUUCAGUUCCAUCAAAAGUUCCUGAACCAUCAAGAAGCAGCAGCGAAGAUGCAAUUAAGCAAGUUCGUCCCAAAAGACCGAUGAGUCGCAUAGAGGUUCCUUCCGAUAUUCCAUCUACGAGUGAUCAAUCUGAAGCUGAGGGUGGAGAAACUAAUGGCAAUUAUGUACCAUCAUCAUCAUCCAAUAUGAUCAGUUUUGAUUUAUCCAGCGGUCACCCCUACGGACCACAUGUUCCAACAACAAUGGAUAAUGAUCAGUAUGUAGAAUAUCAAUUAGAUGACUUGGCAGGCUUUCCAUGCGACGUUGAGGAGGAAGAAAGGAUGUUAAUGGAAGCAGUAAUUGCAUCAUUAAAGGACUUGGAGAAGCAACAUCCACAAGCCGAAGAACAGAGUGUUGGUCCCACAACCGUCGAAUCUUCACAAAAGGAUAGUCCAUCUUCAGUCACAGAACAUUUGAAGAUGGAAGAGCAACACGAGUCUUCAAAAACAGAGCCUACUUCCUCUCCGAUUAUCCAUGGCCAAAUUUCAUCAACAGCAUAUCCAUCGCCUGAUUUGAGCGUUGGCUCUCCUACAUCGACUGUGGAACCAGGAAGCACAACUACCUCUGCCCGUAGUGAUACUUCAGCUAGCGUCGAGAACUCAACAGAUACCGACUUGUCAAGUAACACAAAAGCCACAUUGACAGUAGAGCGCAACCCCGCUAGCCAUAUCAUAGAUGGUUUGAUGCGUCGUUGGGAUUUCAGCUUGUUCCGGAACAAUCGAUGAAACUUUAUUUUGGUUCCGUUGAUAUGAUGAUUUGUUUUGUAAUUAAAUUAACAUAGCAGCAGCAAUUUAGUACUGUAAAAUAUGAAAAGAAAAUGAAAGAAAGGGAAAAUAGGUCCAUUGAUUGUAUUGGAAAUUGAUGGGAUUGGUUUUGUUUGAUACAAAUUACUUUGUACUGCUCAUUUGUGAAAAAAAAUAUCAUUGUGGUUAUUCUUUUAAAACAA